AAGACCCAAUUCUCCAUGAUUUUCUUCUAUUCUCGUCGAAUUCUGAGAUUCUGAAGUUCGAUUCACGAGACAUUUGUUGAAAAAUUGUUGGCGGUUAAUAGAAAUGUUUGUGAAGUAUGAGAGUGUUUAGACGGAAAUUUAUGCCUGUAAGGUGUUUGAUAAAAAGCCUGUAACCAAGAGGAGGUUAAUAAAGUGAUGGAAAUAGCCAAAACUGCUCAGAAAUCAUGGGCAAAGACUCCAUUGUGGAGGAGAGCUGAGGUUCUUCACAAAUCUGCUGCGAUUUUGAAAGAACACAAAGCCCCCAUUGCUGAGUGCUUGGUGAAGGAAAUUUCAAAGCCGGCCAAAGAUGCAGUGACCGAGGUUGUGAGAUCUGGAGAUCUUGUUUCAUAUUGUGCUGAAGAAGAUGUUAGGAUCCUGGGAGAGGGGAAGUUCUUGGUUGCUGAUAGUUUUCCUGGAAAUGAAAGGACCAAAUAUUGCCUUACUUCCAAGGUCUUAUUAGCUGUGUCACCGGAAAAGGUUCUGAGAUUGGUGAUGUCCUCACGAUGCAUUCGGGUGUCGACUGUAUAAGCUUUACCGGUGGAGAUACCGGAAUUGCAAUUUCAAAGAAGGCAGGCAUGACACCUCUUUCAGAUGGAACUGGGAGGCAAAGACGCCUGCAUUGUGCUCGAGGAUGCAGAUCUUGAUUUAGCUGCCGUUUACAUCAUAAAGGGAGGCUUUUCUUACAGGUGAGAGCAGAUUCGUUUAUACUGGUUGAUACCAGACUCGUAUUUGCUUCCCAGUUUCCAUUCUUUGACAUCCAUGAAAAUCUAAACUACUUGACUGAUUUAAUAGAAAGAAUACAACUUGUUCUUGUUCUUCAUUCUUACAUU